CGCAAUAUAAGUGUCAGAGACCCAAGAGCCGUCCCCCAAUGUGAAAACUGCUCUGCGGCUCUGUGACGCCUGACCUCAUACUCUUAUGACACCAUGAAGGCCAUCAUAGAUGAGUGCGUUGUGAACGACUAUGUCUGGAACGCACUUCCAGAGUCCAUCAUCUUGCCGGGAUGGAAUCAGAUGAAAAAGUCAGAAUUCAUCGAGGCAUUCGGUACCGCUUGGUGGCCAGCGAUGAAAGGAAUGCAGGUGUGCAGUCCGAUUAUGCAUGUGAUGAGUGCACACCGAGAAACUUCUCGUUUAGAUGAUCGUCUUAAACGUGUGGGAAACGAAAAUAACGUAAUCCUCUACACAAAGCUGGGGCCUUCUGCCGUCUCAGCGGAAGGAAACCCGAUCGCUACUUCAUACGUACACAGGUUCCGCUUCAACGCCAGCGGGAAAGUCGUGGAGCAAAGGGAUUUCCUAGAUACCAAAUUCAUACAUGAUUUUUGGUGGUCAGAGCCCCAGCGAAGCAUAGUAGCCGAAGGAAGCCCUAUAACAGCCGGAGGAAAUCGUUAACCAAGACUUUAUUCUACUUUGUU